AUGCCUCAUUUCGAAAAAUCCACACCUCCACCAUUAUGGUCCUCUUUCCCGUCCAGUCAAAGAGAUACUAGUAGUCGCCGCCUAUCAGCGUUGUCCACCAGCCACGAUAUGCCACCAAUGGGUAGCAACAAUACCUCACCACGCACCCGACUACGCGAUAACAAGCUUUUCGCAAUGAUGCGAAAGCCCUCCAAGAAGGUCCCAGCAUGGGACCCACCAGCCUACGACUCACAAGAUUGGAAAGCGCCCACCGUAACAAACGGCUCAAGCUGCGACUUUGACUCCCGAUACGCUUUCCUCAAAGAUUUCGAUACAAUAUUCCUCGUCGAUGAUAGUUCCAGCAUGAGCGGGCCGCGCUGGCGCGAAGCCGAGGAAGCCAUCGCUGCCAUUGCCCCCAUCUGCACACAAUACGACCACGACGGAAUCGACCUCUACUUUCUGAACCAUCGCCGCGCAGAAACAGCCAAUACAACCGGUGCUUACAAGAACAUCACCACAGCCGAUGAUGUGCAAGAAAUCUUCUGCGGUGUCCGACCUCGCGGCUCCACGCCUGUGGGUAGACGCCUGCUGGAGAUCUUGACCCCCUACCUCCACCGCGUGGAGAUGAUGCAAGCCUCGCGGAAUGCCGACGGGUCCCUGCGUGACCCUUCGUUGUUUGUCAAGCCGAUCAAUAUCAUUGCGAUCACAGAUGGCGAGUUUACGGAUGAUGCUGAGAGUGUCAUUGUGCAGGUGGCUAAGACAUUGGAUCAUCCGCGAUGCCAUGCGCUGCCGUGGCAGGUGGGCAUCCAGUUCUUCCAGAUUGGCGAUGAUGAGAGCGUGCAGCGAUAUUUACAGGAGCUUGAUGAUGAUAUUGGCAGACAUUGCAGUGAUAAGGAUCUGCGAGAUAUCGUUGAUACUGUACCCUGGAGAGGGAAGAGGGGUCAGUCGUUGGAUGCGGAGGGGAUCUUGAAGUGUGUACUUGGGGCUGUGAACAAGAAGUAUGAUCGACGACAGGUUUAG